CCUGAGCAGCGCCCCGCCCCUUCUGUCCACUGUAAGUACGCGGGGCGUGUGCCGCUCUGGUUGUGGACCGCGAGAUGGGUGACCCCGACGAGCUUCGCAAAGGCGAGGCUCCCUGGAAGAAGAUGUCUAAAGAGGAGUUGGAGCGUCAGUACACCCCCAGCAGAUGGGUCGUCCGACUGGGAGCAGAGGAAGCCCUGAGGACCUACUCACAGAUCGGAAACGAGGCUACCAAGAAGGCCCGGGCCACCAGGAGGAGCCUGCUGAAUGUCCCCUAUGGAGAUGGCGACGCGGAGAAACUGGACAUCUACUUUCCUGAGAAAAUGUCUGAAGCCCUGCCUUUCUGUAUGUUUCUUCAUGGAGGAUACUGGCAGAGUGGAAGUAAAGAUGCGUCGGCCUUCAUGGUGAACCCACUGACAGCACAGGGCGUGACCGUGGUGGUAGUGGGUUAUGCUAUUGCCCCCAAAGGUACCUUGGACCAGAUGGUAGACCAGGUGGCCCGGAGCAUCGUGUUUGUCCAGAAGCAGUAUCCGCGCAAUGAGGGAAUUUACUUGUGUGGACACUCAGCUGGGGCCCACCUGGCCGCAAUGAUGCUCCUGGCCAAUUGGACCAAGCAUGAAGUCACCCCCAACCUCAAAGGCUUUUUCCUGGUAAGCGGGAUAUACGACCUGGAGCCCAUCAUGCACACGUCUGUGAACGAUCCUCUCCUCCUGACCCUGGAGGAUGCUCAGAGGAACAGCCCACAGCGCCUCCUGGAGGCGGGCCUGGCGCAGCCCGUGGAUCCUACCUGCCACAUCCUGGUCACUGUGGGCCACCACGACAGCCCCGAAUUCCACCGCCAGUCCAGAGAGUUUUAUCAGACGCUGUGCCGAGCAGGGUGGAAAGCCUCGUUUAAAGAAGUGCCUGAUGUGGAUCACUUUGAAAUCAUUUGGAAACUAACCCAGCCAGACUACGUGCUCAACCAGAUGAUUUUGAAAACAAUCUUCCAUGAGUUCUGAAGCCUUCUGAACCUCAACGGCGUGCACCCGACUUGUUCUCCAAAGAGCCUUACCACUGCCCCUUCUGACCCGCUGCCGCUUCUGGGCCUGGUAGCACCUCCGUUUGUCCAUCCGCCCUGGCAAGAAUCUGUUCUUUCCACUCUGAGCACCGGUACAGGUCUCGACGGCCCUGGCCUGCCUGGAUUGAGCUGCUCCAGAGAGGAUCCAGCCCAGGACGACGCCUCUCCCCAAGUAGGGCCCCCCUGCCUGCUGAGAGGUGUGACAAAAAUGUCAGCUCCUAACAAGCUUUUUUAAACAGUUCAAAACAAAUCAGAAAAGACUAUUGUUUCAUGAUAGGUAAAAAAUUAUAUAAAAUUCCAAUUUCAGCAUCCAUAAAUAAAGUUGUAUUGGAGCCCCGCCAUGUUCAU